AUGGCCGACUCUCUCUCUGAGCAAGUCCCGCCGGAGGAACAACCCGAGUCGGAAUCUGAGGCAGAGGUACAACCACAAGAUGGCGCUGAAAAUACACAAGAUUCUCCAAGCGUCGCGGCUGCAAAAUCCAAAAAGAAAAAGAAGAAACCAAAGAAAUCCAAGCUGGUCUCUGCCAUCACCGGCCACAAAUCCCCCGAAGCUGCAGAAUCCUCGAAACCCGCAGCCAAAUUACCUGAUGAUUCCUUAAAGACUCUUCUCGAUAUGAAUCCUUCCCUCAAGGGUGAACUGUCCGGCCUCCCUCCUGAAAAGGCACAUGAAAUGUUGAAAAUGAUGGAUAUGUCACAGUUACUCGGUGGGAUGUCUUUGAAUGGCAAGAAUCAAAAAGAUAUGGCUUCACACAAGUUCUGGGGAACUCAACCGGUGGUUCGAUUUGAUGAUAAACAAGAUAGCGACAAACCAGAUGGCCCUAUCAAAGAGGUCAUCCCGGAGCUGGUUCCUAAGACGGCCGCUCCUCUUCCUGAAGGCUACGAAUGGGUUGAGCUCGAUUUGACCAAUGAGGAUGAAAUUAGAGAGGUUUACAAACUUCUCUCUUUACACUAUGUGGAGGAUGACCACGCCAUGUUUCGGUUCAACUACUCUGCCGUUUUCCUGGACUGGGCUUUGAAGUCGCCGGGAUGGAAAAAGAGCUGGCAUAUCGGUGUCCGGGCCAAAGGUCCAAAUCGGCUUCUAGUUGCCAGCAUCUUCGGCAUUCCCAUCAAACUCAGAAUAAGAGAAAAUAUUCUGGACGUGGUGGAGAUUAAUUUCAUGUGCGUCCACAAAAAGCUGAGAUCCCGGAGGCUAGCGCCAGUGCUCAUCAAAGAAGUCACGAGAAGAUGUCAUCUGGAGGGGAUUUAUCAGGCGAUCUACACCGGUGGUGUUGUUCUCCCGACGCCUGUAGGCAGUUGUCGUUACUUUCAUCGAAGUCUUGACUGGUUGAAGCUUUACGAGGUCGGCUUUUCUCCGCUCCCACCCAACAGUACACCGGCCAAGAUGAUUGCUCGAAAUCAACUACCGCCAGAGACCAGCACACCAGGAUGGCGAUUGAUGGAAGAGAAGGAUAUUGAUCCAGUGCUGGACCUGCUCUCGCGAUAUCUGUCGCGAUUUGACCUCGCGCAACAAUUUUCCAGAGAAGAGAUUGAGCAUUGGUUCUACAACCGACAAAAGCCUGAAGACCAAGUCGUUUGGUCAUUUGUCGUCGAACAAGAUGGCAAGAUCACCGAUUUCGGAAGCUUCUAUUGUUUGGAGAGCAGCGUUAUCGGCGAUGCGAGCAAGAAGCAUGACAAGAUCCGAGCAGCAUAUCUCUAUUAUUACGCGACCGAGCAAGCGUUCAAUCCGAAGGAAAAGGGUCUGAAGGAAAGGCUUCUCCAAGUAGUCCAAGAUCUGCUCAUUGAAGCUAAGAAGGCCAAGUUCGACGUUUUCAACGCCCUGACUCUUCACGACAACCCAAUGUUCCUGGAGCAGCUGAAGUUCGGUGCUGGCGAUGGUCAAUUGCAUCACUACUUGUACAACUGGCGGACGAAACCGAUAAAUGGAGGUGUCAAUGCGAAGAAUAUGCCUGACGAGUCGAAGCGGGGUGGUAUUGGUAUUGUGCUUCUGUGA